AUGGGUAAUCGCAACAGUCUCCCCACCGCCGAUGACCGGUCCCGACCAGACUCUAAUCCCGGCUGUAGCCACCGUAAUGGAGCCAACGCCAAACCUGCCGUCCCUUCAUCGUCAAGACACCAAAAAUAUUCAACCCACCAGCACCACAACCCUUACUCCGCCUCCUCCAAAAGCCGCCUCGCCACCCCCAACAUUCCACCCAUCGGCCGUGUUCUCGGCCGUCCGAUGGAGGACAUCCGGUCUACUUACAUCUUCGGCCGCGAGCUCGGCCGCGGGCAGUUCGGUGUUACCUACUUGGUGACACACAAUGAAACUCAGCAGCAGUUCGCAUGUAAAUCAAUCUCCACGCGUAAGCUUAUCAGCCGCGAUGAUAUCGAAGACAUCCGCCAUGAAGUCCAGAUCAUGCAUCAUCUAACCGGCCACAGGAAUAUUGUUGAGCUGAAGGGAGCUUAUGAGGAUCGGCACUCGGUGAAUCUGAUCAUGGAACUGUGUGCUGGAGGGGAGUUGUUUGAUCGGAUUAUAGAGAAAGGUCAUUAUUCAGAAAUGGAGGCCGCUAAUUUGUGUAGACAAAUCUUGAUGGUGGUGCAUAGUUGUCAUUCCAUGGGGGUGAUCCAUAGGGACUUGAAGCCUGAGAAUUUCUUGUUCUUGAGUAAGGACGAGGAUUCUCCAUUGAAGGCUACCGAUUUCGGGCUCUCUGUAUUUUUCAAGCCAGGAGAUGUUUUCAAGAGUCUUGUCGGAAGUGCUUAUUACGUAGCUCCGGAAGUAUUGCGCCGAAAAUAUGGACCCGAAGUCGAUAUUUGGAGCGCCGGGGUGAUUCUUUACAUUCUCCUCAGUGGGAUGCCGCCAUUCGAUGGAGAAUCUGAACAGAGUAUCUUUGAAUCUAUUCUUCGGGGACAUAUCGAUUUCUUAUCAGAUCCAUGGCCUUCUAUUUCCGACUGUGCCAAAGAUCUUGUGAGGAAGAUGCUGCGAGAAGAUCCCAAGGAACGUCUUUCAGCAUUUGAAGUCUUAAAUCAUCCAUGGAUGCGUGAAGAUGGCGAUGCAUCUGAUAAGCCCCUUGAUGUUGCCAUUUUAACUAGAAUGAAGCAAUUCAAGGCAAUGAACAAAUUCAAGAAAGUUGCUCUGAAGGUAAUUGCAGAAAAUCUAUCUGAAGAAGAAAUCAUAGGUUUGAAGGAGAUGUUCAAAUCCAUGGACACUGAUAACAGUAGAACAAUCACCUUUGAGGAGUUAAAAGCUGGCCUUCAUAAACUUGGUACUAAGCUUUCCGAGACUGAAGUGUGGCAACUAAUGGAAGCGGCUGAUGUUGACGGAAAUGGAACGAUUGACUAUGUCGAGUUCAUAACAGCUACAAUGCACAUGAAUCGAAUAGAAAGGGAAGAACGCUUAUACACUGCCUUCCAACACUUUGACAAAGACAACAGCGGGUACAUAACGAUGGAGGAGCUUGAACAGGCCCUUCGGAAGUAUAAUAUGAAAGAUGAAAAAACAUUAAGAGAGAUCAUUGCUGAAGUUGACACAGAUAAGGAUGGAAGAAUCAACUACGACGAGUUCAUUGCCAUGAUGAGAAAAGGCAACCCGGAGCUUGUCGGAAACCGGCGGCGGAAGUAA